GGCGCGGGCCGGCCUUUGUGGCAGAGAAAUAGUGCGCUUCAUUGGCAGGUGCUACUUGUGAGCAGUAGUCGCCAUCCAGACAGAUGGAUUGUCCCUGGAGGAGGCAUGGAGCCUGAGGAGGAGCCAAGUGUCGCAGCAGUUCGUGAAGUCUGUGAGGAGGCUGGAGUAAAAGGGACAUUGGGAAGAUUAGUUGGAAUAUUUGAGAACCAGGAGAGGAAGCACAGGACGUAUGUCUAUGUGCUCAUUGUCACUGAAGUGCUGGAAGACUGGGAAGACUCAGUUAACAUUGGAAGGAAGAGGGAAUGGUUUAAAAUAGAAGAUGCCGUAAAAGUGUUGCAGUAUCACAAACCCGUGCAGGCAUCAUAUUUUGAAACAUUGAGGCAAGGCUACUCAGCCAACAAUGGCACCCCAGUCGUGGCCACCACAUACUCGGUUUCUGCUCAGAGCUCGAUGUCAGGCAUCAGAUGACUGAAGACUUCCUGUAAGAGAAAUGGAAAUUGGAAACUAGACUGAAAUGCAGAUCUUCCCUCUCACCCUGGCUCUUUCCACUUCUCCUCACAGGCCUCUUCUUUCAAAUAAGGCAUGGUGGGCAGCAAAGAAAGGGUGUAUUGAUAAUGUUGCUGUUUGGUGUUCAGUGAUGGGGCUUUUUCUUCUCUUUUUAUUGUGGGGUGGGGGUUGGGUGUGUAAUUUGUAAGUACUUUUGUGCAUGAUCUGUCCCUCCCUCUUCCUACCCCUGCAGUCCUCUGAAGAGAGGCCAACAGCCUUCCCCUGCCUUGGAUUCUGAAGUGUUCCUGUUUGUCUUAUCCUAGCCCUGGCCAGACGUUUUCUUUGAUUUUUAAUUUUUUUUUAUUAAAAGAUACCAGUAUAAGAUGAAAUCUUUCAAGAAUUUGUCCUAUAAUAUGCUGUACAGUUCAGUAGAGUGGUCACUUCCACUGCAGGAUACAUUUAUCUACACAUUAUAUAUCGGACAUAUAAUAUGUAAAUAAAUGACUUGUAGAAAGAGAAAUUUGUUUAAUUUUUCAAGAUUUUUUUCUCUUUUAAUUUGGACAUUUCUGGAAUUGAGAGCCUCACAAUUAAUAUACCUUUUCGUUUUUGAUGCUAGUGGCUGGGCAGGUUGCCCUGUCCUCUCUCUAUUUCCCAGUCGUUGACUGUAGGUAUGGGAAGUGUUUAGCUACCUUCAUAGUGCUCCCAGGACUCAUGGCCUUUCCUUCUUUAAGCUGUAUUUCCAUACCAAGAAAGAAACAGGAAGAAACCUUUAUUUUAUUAUUAUUUUUUUAACCAAGCUAGGAACAAAUGUCUCAGCCCAGAUCUGUAAAAACAAUGAUAGAAAUUGAAUUCUGCCCCACAUGUUGACAGUAGGGUUUGAACUGGAUUCUUGGGAUUGCUUAUCUAAAAAACUGGAGCAUCAGGUACCAUUUCUGUCCUGCUGGUUUGGAAUCUUUUCCGUAAUGCUACUUAUUACCGACAAUGACCUCUCUUUGUGUCCGUAUAUGCCUUACACCGUGCUGACCUGGAUAUUGUCCUUGUGCUCUGAAGCAUCCAACUGUACUUUGCAGGUGCAUCAAUGUAGUCCCGUCCCCGAACUGGGUAACCGUGUUCCUGAAAAGUACACUGGGGAAAUUCACCUGCUUGCUUGUCUUUGUAAUGGCACGGCACUUGUGAUUGCACCAUGAAGCAUGCUCAGAGCUAUUAAACUGGUCUCCCGUCUCCCACCAGGAUAUGAAAGGUCCAUAUGGGAAGCCACGUAAUCACUUAUUACAGUGGUUACAUAAUACACUGGCUCACUGCAGACUCUUGUUGUUUUUUGAUACAGGUUUCGUGCUAGCUUCAUUUGCCAAUUGUGUUGUUUAGUUCGGAAGUAAGAGGGUCUUGAGAUUGAGGGAUAGGGAGGAGUACACUGACUGAUCCCUGGCUUAGAACAAGAGAUUAUCUCUGUACCCCAGUGUCAUCUCCUUAGCCAAGAUGUGAAAUUAAAAUAGUAGUUCUCCUUAUUUAAAAAUUCUAAUAAAGCACUCAAACUUUGAAAAA